UUUCUUUGUCAAACUCGUACGGGCGGAUAUUCCGUUGAAACGAACCAUCUAUUUUUGUGGGUAAAAUCUAAGGACUUUCGGAUCUGAGAUGGGUUUUGGUAGAUUUUUUCUGACAAAAUGGUGAUGGUGGUGGUGAUAAAGCUGUGAUUUUGUAUUGAAAAAUCGAUUAUCUUUUAAGGUUUUGUUUUUUUUGUGUUGGUGUUAUUUCAAUGCCUUUAGAUCUGACACCAUGAGGAAGAAGCUCGAUACUCGGUUUCCUGCUGCUCGGAUUAAAAAGAUAAUGCAAGCGGAUGAGGAUGUUGGCAAGAUAGCGUUGGCAGUGCCUGUUUUAGUUUCUAAAGCAUUGGAAUUAUUUUUGCAAGACCUUUGUGACCGCACAUACGAGAUAACCCUGCAGAGAGGAGCAAAGACUAUGAGUGCAUUGCACUUAAAACAUUGUGUACAUAGCUAUAAUGUGUUUGAUUUUCUGAGGGAGGUUGUCAGCCGGGUCCCAGACUAUGGUCAUGGUCAUUCUGACGCUGCUUCUGAUGAUCGUACCAUUUCAAGGAGAAGGAAAGCUUCAGCUGAUGAAUGCAAUGAAAGUGAUGAGGAGUCAAAGAAAACCAAGAUGCAUGAAGUGAGUCAUGCAGGCAGCAGUGGCAGAGGAAGAGGCCGGGGUCGAGGAAGAGGCCGUGGGCGAGGUGCUCGAGCAGCGGAAAGAGAAACUGCCCGUCUUGAGACUGGAUCCGACCCCUGUACAUCGCUUCAGAACAGCAACAAAGAUAAUCAGAACCCGGACACAUUGAUGGAUAACAGUUCUGAGGCAAAGGAAUUGUCAAAAGAGAAUGUCGCAGUUACAGAUGGCUCCAACCUAGCAGCUCGAAAUUUCGAUCUGAAUGCCAAUGUUGAUGAGAACGAAGACAAAAAGGCAGCGGCAGCAGCAGCAGCUGCUGCUGCCACCGCCAGCACCACCACCCAUGCCUCCUCAGCUGGGCCUACUACAGAGACUCGACAUGAAGAGCUUCCUGGCUGGUCUCUUUCUGACAUGGACAAGAUGGCCAUUGACCCUCUUCAGCUUGCACACCUCAGCACAAGGUUAGAUGAGGAGGAGGAAGAUUAUGAUGAAGAGGACUAACUAUGCUUGAAAUUAGUGUUUAGUAAUCAGACACAGAUUAACGCUCUAUGCUCAUGGUGGCAAAAGGAAUAAAAAGAACAUGGAUGAGUGGAGAUGAAAGCAUGCCCCAAUGCAGUUUCUUCUACAAGAUCUGGAAGUAAUUUUUUUUUUUUUUAGAUUGUCUUAAUGAUUACAUGUUUCUGUCAUACCACUUGCUAACUAUGAUUUCCAAAGGUAGCUGCUCCCUGGCAACUGAAGAAAAUAUUAGUUUGUGAACUUUCACACUUUAAUCAUCAAUGUAUUAUGGCAGCCUUGUUAGAGAGGUAGAUUGCCCUUUGAGAAGCUUCUCUGUAUCAUAUAUUUCCUUCCCUGUUUGUUUCUUGUGUUACUUUUUCUAUUAUGGUUAAUUAAUACUUAUUCCAUCUACUCA